AUGGCUCACCUUUUUGCUUAUGUGAGCAUCUUUCUCUUAGUUUGUGGAUCAGCCAAUGCUCAACAAGCAUCCCAGUUCUGUGUUUAUGCCUGGCAUGAAUUCAGCAAUUGCCUGAGGUUCCUUACCGGAAAAAACUAUCCUCAUUAUCCAUCACUUGAGUGUUGUGAGGCGGUGAGGACAUUGAACUUGGUGGCCCAAGGUGAUGAGUUAGCACCUGGGAAUAUAUGUCAAUGCAUUGAGGACAUGGCUUCUGUAUAUCGCAUUCCUUUUGUAGCCUCUCUCAUCCAAGACCUUCCCAUAAAAUGCAAUGCUCAUCUUAGUUUCCCUAUUUCUAAUAGCAUGGAUUGCACCCGUGAUCGAUACAAGAAUUGCCUUACAUGA